GCUUUCUGUGUUCUGUCACGGCCCAACUCCUCCCCGCGCCAGGGAUCGUCUGCCUGACUCGUAGGACCCGCCUGUAAGUUCACGACGCGCCGUCAUCUCGUCUUCUCUUUCAACUUCGUUCGCAAGAAGCUCAGAAGUCAGAUCAGAAGCCGCCGAGGGGAGGCGCCGACGCCGAGUUUUUGCUCCAUCCCGCAUCCACCGCCAGAAUGUUUCUCACGAGGACGGAGUACGACCGCGGGGUUAACACCUUCUCGCCGGAGGGGCGGCUGUUCCAGGUCGAGUACGCCAUCGAGGCCAUCAAGUUGGGAUCCACUGCGAUCGGGUUGAAAACAAAGGAUGGUGUUGUCCUUGCUGUUGAGAAACGUGUGACCUCGCCACUGCUGGAACCAAGCAGUGUGGAAAAAAUCAUGGAAAUUGAUGAGCACAUAGGCUGUGCCAUGAGUGGGCUUAUUGCUGAUGCUAGAACACUAGUCGAGCAUGCUCGUGUUGAAACUCAGAAUCAUAGGUUCUCAUACGGGGAGCCAAUGACCGUAGAAUCUUCAACACAAGCUAUUUGUGACUUAGCUCUGCGCUUUGGCGAAGGUGACGAAGAGUCAAUGUCACGGCCAUUUGGAGUCUCUCUUCUAAUUGCUGGACAUGAUGAGAAUGGACCUAGCCUGUACUACACCGACCCAUCUGGUACUUUUUGGCAAUGCAACGCGAAGGCAAUUGGAUCUGGCUCUGAAGGAGCUGAUAGCUCCUUGCAGGAGCAGUACAACAAGGAGCUGGCCCUUGAGGAGGCGGAGACCAUAGCCCUUUCUAUUCUGAAGCAGGUUAUGGAGGAGAAGGUGACCCCAAACAACGUCGAUAUUGCCAAGGUUGCUCCCAAGUACCACCUCUACACCCCUGCCGAGGUCGAAGCCGUGAUCGCGAGGCUGUGAAACGCUUUCGGAGCUCGUGUUAUUCAUGUCAUCAAUCGGUAAUAGACGAUCCUUGUACGAAGCGUGGACAUCUUUUGUUCUUGAUUAUGGCUGUCAUCGUACUCUG